AUGCUGCCCUGGAAGCGGAGCAAGGUGGAGCUGGUCGCGGGCGAGGCGCGGCGGCAGAGCAAGCCUAAGGGCUACGCGGUGAGCGUGCACUACUCGGCGCUCACCUCGCUGGCCCGCGCCUGCCCCGAGAGCGCGCUGCACCGCGUGGGCAGCAUGUUCCGCUCCAAGCGGCGGAAAUUCCGCGUGACCAGCGAGGACCCCACGUACACCGUGCUCUACCUGGGCAACGCCACCACCAUCCAGUCCAAGGGCGAGGGCUGCACCGACCUGGCCGUUUGCAAGAUCUGGAGUAAGAGCGAAGCGGGUCGCCAGGGCACCAAGAUGAAGCUGACCAUCAGCGCGCAGGGCAUCCGCAUGGCCCACGCCGAGGACAAGGGGCUGCGGCGGCCCGGCCACCUCUACCUGCUGCACCGCGUCACCUACUGCGUGGCCGACCCGCGCCUGCCGCGCGUCUUCGCCUGGAUCUACCGACACGAGCUGAAGCACAAGGCGGUGAUGCUGCGCUGCCACGCCGUGCUCGUCUCCAAGCCCGAGAAGGCGAAAGCCAUGGCCCUGCUGCUCUACCAGACCUCGGCCACGGCGCUGGCCGAGUUCCGCCGCCUGAAAAAGCGGGACGACGCGCGGCACCAGCAGCAGCAGCUGGUGGGCGAGCAGAGCAUCCCGCUGGUGCCGCUGCGCAAGCUUCUUAACGGGCAGUGCUGCUACAAGCCACCGGUGGAGCGGAGCCGCAGCGCGCCCAAGCUGGGCUCCAUCACAGAGGACCUUCUGGGCGAGGAGCAGGAGGAGCGCGCCAUGCACUGCGAAUGCGAGGACAUCCUGGAGGCGCUGGGCGAGCCCGAGGGCGAGCUGCUGCGUGCCGGCGCCGGCAGCGGGGAGGGCCCGGAGCUGGGCCGGCUGCUGCGCGACCUGGGCGAGCUCAGCCUGGGCAACGACCUGCGCUCGCUGCGCGCCGACCUCGGCGUCCGGCGGCUGCUCUCGGGGGAGAGCACGGGCAGCGAGUCCUCUUUGGAGAGCACCGGCCCCGACGGCGCCGCCCCGCCCUGCAACGGCGCCGAGCAGCCGGCCCAGGGCGACCCGGAGAGCGGAUGA